UGACUGAAUGUGGGAUUGGUGAGGAAAAUGAUGGAGUCUUGAUUCGUUGAGUUUGUGUGUGGAUACGAAAACAGCGCUGGAAUUUCCUCCUUUCGACUGGGAAAACCACCACUGCUUCUCGGCUUCAAGCUCCUCUGUUUGGUUGUUGCCGGUAUACAUCUGAGUAUCCAAGGGAUUUCUGUUUCGCUGCCGCUCUUUUCCCUAGGAUAGCCUGCCUGGCUAAGGUUAGCCUAGGCUGCUUCCGGAGCUCUAUGGGAAUAUCCUGCCAGAGCGGCUCUUUAGCUCGCUAGCGGGCUGAAUGCAGCCACGCGCCUCCCGCCGCAUCGGGCGCAUUCAGCCGCUACUGCUGCGGCAUUAUUCACGCGGUUUAUUGACACAUGGAAAUGAGGAAUAUUGGAUUACCAUGCACUGCUUACGUUUAUUUUGAGGGAUUUGCUGUAUGGAAUGAGCUCUGUGAGAGCUGUCAAUCACCCUGGUGGAUUUAACACGUCAUGCCAUCAUGCAGAUCUGCGAUCAUCCACACUAAUGUUUUGAUGACAAGGGAUCUGCGUGUUUUUUCCUUUCUUCUACCUGAUUUUAAACCCCUUAAACAUCAAUGAAUGCACAAAAGCCGAUUUUGGAAAGAUACUUUUGAGAACUUUUUCAAGGAAAGGUUUUGUGAGGGGGAGGUGUCAGAACACGACAGUAUUUUAAACAAACUGUCAGCUCUUUAAAGAGGAAAAAAACAUGGCUUCGGUGUGGAAGAGACUGCAGCGUGUUGGGAAACAUGCUUCCAAAUUCCAGUUUGUCGCCUCCUACCAGGAACUCAUGGUGGAAUGUACAAAGAAAUGGCAACCGGACAAGCUAGUUGUUGUCUGGACACGCAGGAGCCGAAGGAAGUCUUCCAAGUCUCAUAGCUGGCAGCCUGGCAUUAAGAACCCAUAUAGAGGAGUGGUGGUGUGGCCUGUUCCAGAGAACAUAGAGAUCACUGUCACACUAUUUAAGGAUCCCCACGCAGAGGAGUUUGAAGACAAAGAGUGGACCUUUGUUAUUGAAAAUGAAUCUCCGUCAGGUCGUCGGAAAGCGUUGGCCACCAGCUGCAUUAACAUGAAGCAGUACGCCAGUGCCAUGCCCACACAGACAGACGUCAAGCUCAAGUUCAAGCCGCUGUCCAAGAAAGUGGUUUCCGCAACACUGCAGUUCUCCCUGUCCUGCAUCUUUCUGCGAGAGGGCAAAGCCACUGAUGAAGAUAUGCAGAGUCUGGCCAGUCUGAUGAGCAUGAAGCAAGCUGAUAUUGGUAAUCUGGAUGAUUUUGAGGAAGAGAAUGAGGAAGAUGAGGAGAACAGAGUGAACCAAGAGGAAAAGUCCGCCAAGAUCACAGAGUUGAUCAGUAAGUUGAACUUCCUGGAUCAGGAGGACCAAGAGCAGAGCGACAUGAGCUCUAACCUCUUCGAUGAACCUAAUGACCCGGUUGACCUUAACCCCUUUGGUGACCCGGAUGAGGACGAACCAUCUCCCAAGCCCCAUGUGCUGUCUACUAUCAAAGAUCAAGAGCCUGUAUUUGAUCAGAACAUCUCUUAUCCCUCAAACCCGUUUGAUGAGGCUGAAACAGAUAUGGAUUCUUCUCAACACGGGAACCCGUUUGACGAACCUGAACCCGAACCCCAGCCUAAAGUAUCUUCACCCAGAAGCAGCAAGAGAAAGAACAUCCGUCCGGUGGACAUGAGCAAAUACCUGUACGCCAACACAACCAGGACAGAGGAGGAGGAGCUAGAUGAAUCAAACCCAUUCUAUGAGCCCAGAGCCUCCAGUGCAGCCUCAUCUACCGCAGACAGCAGCACCUCAGAGAAGAGCACCAAACGCCGGGCCCCUCUGCCUCCCAGUGCUGGACCCAAUCCUGCUGUGGCCCCUGGAGGCCCUGCACCAAAGACUUCAGCUCCUGGAGUAGCAUCCACUCCGCCUUCUCUGGCACCCUCAGCUGUCACAGCUGUGAUAGGGAGAGAGUUGGCCUCGUCCUCACCUAAGCCCAGUCCAAUUCCUAGUCCUGUUCUUGGUGGGAAGCCAAAUGCAAGUCAGUCCCUGUUGGCCUGGUGCCGUGAGGUCACGAAAAACUAUAGAGGCGUCAAAAUCACCAACUUCACCACUUCCUGGAGAAAUGGACUAGCAUUCUGUGCCCUGUUACACUACUUCAGACCCAACUUAAUUGACUACAAGGCUCUCAAUCCUCAAGAUAUUAAAGAAAACAACAAAAAGGCAUAUGAUGGCUUUGCCAGUCUGGGAAUCUCUCGGCUUUUGGAGCCAUCUGACAUGGUUCUGCUGGCAAUCCCGGAUAAGCUGACGGUGAUGACAUACCUGUAUCAGAUCCGGGCACAUUUCAGCGGUGAGGAACUCAAUGUUGUGCAGAUCGAAGCCAACAGCAGUUGUAGCACAUACAAAGUUGGAGACUUUGAAACGGACACAAACAGUUCUAUCGACCAAGACAAGUUCUACGCCGAACUUAACGACAUUCACCGUGAGCCCACUAAUCAGGGUGCUGCAGCAACCAAUGGUGGGCAUGGUGUUAAAGAAGAGCAGGAAGUGAAGUCAGUCAUGACAAGCGGAGGAUCUGGUUCUCUAUCCGCCUUCCCAGGGGAAGUUCUAAAAGAUGUAGUUCCAUCUUUACAGGCAUCUACGGCAGACCGUGUCUCUCCAGCAGCACCAACCGUCACUGAACCUCACCCACGACCCACCCAAUGCACCAGAACCAGCCUGGAGACCUCCACCAGCCAACCUCCCACUGCAGAACAGAAAAAACUCCUCAAAGCCGAUACACUGGACAUGGGUGACCCGUCUCACAGGCUGGAGAGAGAAAAGGAGAGCGGGCAGUCGGGUGGGUUGACCGCCACUGACACCAGAGACUCCAGGGAGCAGCACAAGACCCCACGGCCUGGCGAAAGACAAACUGAAUCUGGGUCACCCACGUGGCAGACCGGGUCUUCUCUAACAAACACAGAUAAACUGGGCUUCACAUAUAACAGAGACACUGAUCUAAUCAAGAAGAAGAGAGCGAGUUUGCGCCACUCUGAAUCUGACAGCACCUCAGACAGCAGUGCUCAGACCAACCACACACACACACCCGCUAAACUCACACAGGAAUUUGUACCCGCCCCAGUGUCUAACACCAGUGAAGAGAAGGUGAAACAGAUCAUGGUUAUACAAAGUGAAACUUGGUUACACUCAAAGUUGAAUAAAAUCUCUUUCUCUGCAUUGCAGAAGGUCCUGUCUCGUCAAGAGGAGCUGAAGGAGAGGGCCAGGCUGCUAUUGGAACAGGCCCGUAGAGAUGCUGCCAUGAAGGCUGGAAACAAAAGCACCACUAAUGCACAGUCACCCACACACACUCCACAGAUUAUUGAUGAGCGUGAUGAAGAACGGCGCAGGCAGCUGCGAGAGAGAGCCAGGCAGCUGAUAGCGGAGGCUCGAUCUGGAGUAAAGAUGGCUGAACUGCCUCUCUAUACUGACUCCACCUCUAUUGCCUGUAGUGCAGCUGGGAACAACUUAAAAGGAAGGUCAAAGACAGCUGGAGACAUGAUGGAUGGGAUGAGUGUGGAGGGUGAGGAUGAGGAGAGCAGGAGUGAUAUUGAGGCAGCAGCGGCGUCUCACGCUGAUGAUGUCACUCAUACUAACCCUGAGGAGGAACUGUCGUCUUCAUGUCUAAUGGAAGAUGAUUUUACUAACUCUGCCAGUGACCUGGCCUCUCUGGGUGUGAUGAACAGCAGGCAUGUGGACCUGAAGCUCAAGAAGCUUACAGAGAUCCGGCCACAGGGUGGCAGCUCCCCUUCCUCUUCAUCUACUUCCUCAUCGCUGACGGCAUCCAGUACUUCACCCCUCAGCCCUGAAUCGGGCGGCCUGCAGAAUAAUGUCGAUGAAUUGCACGCAGAGCAUCUCCGCAGGGCUACAGAACGUCUGCGUAGUCCCGUUGUCUUCCACAAGGAGUCUGCUGUCAGGAAAACACAGCUCAAAUCAUUUAGCCAAUACAUAGAGACCAGGCCAGAGGUUAAAAGGCAGAGAUCAGUGCCUGAAGAUCUAAAGCGGGCAGCCGAGGAGAGAGGAGCUCUGACAGAGACAGAAGGACGAAAGCCAACUGAAGAUGAACAGAAAGCGUUCAAAGACACCAGUCAGUACGUGGUGGGAGAACUGGCGGCGCUGGAGAGCGAGCAGAGGCAGAUCGACACACGGGCCUCACGUGUGGAGAAGCGUCUGCGCUAUCUCAUGGACACAGAGAAUAAUAAGGAAGAGGAAGAAUCCAUGAUGCAGGAAUGGUUUACGCUUGUCAAUAAGAAGAACGCUCUGAUCCGCCGACAGAACCAGCUCUCUCUGCUGGAGAAGGAACACGAUCUGGAGAGACGCUUUGAGCUACUAAACCGAGAAUUAAGGGCAAUGCUGGCGAUUGAAGACUGGCAGAAGACGGAGGCGCAAAAACGCAGAGAGCAGCUGCUGCUGGAUGAGCUGGUCAUACUGGUCAACAAACGUGACGCACUGGUUCGAGACCUAGAUGCCCAGGAGAAAGAGGCUGAGGAGGAAGACGAACACCUGGAGAGAACCCUGGAACAGAACAAAGGCAAGAUGGCAAAGAAAGAGGAGAAGUGUGUUCUUCAGUGACGGCCAUUUCCCAAGCAAAAAAGGAGCAAGAUGACGUACAUUACAAAGUCUUGAAAUGUAUUUUUGUCAUAGAGACCACAGCAUACACUUUAUUAUUGUUGUUUUAAAUCUUCAUAUGUAGAUCUGUUUGUUAUCAUUAAGGGCUUAAGAACUGCUGAAUGCCCUGGGAUGCAUCCUGUUUUAUUAAUACCUGAGAGAUUUAUUAUUUCACAUAAACGAAUACAAAAACUUUAUUAUUAUUAGGUUUGCUUUGUUGGAUUUCACAAACAAGGUACUUAAGGAACUAAUAUUUGAGGAGAUGCAAAGCUGUACAAUUU